AUGACGGAACAGGAAACCGUACAAGCGCCCCCUUCCGGCGCCCUAUCUCGCAUUGCACAGAAGAUAACAUCACCAUUGAAGACCCACAGCCCCACGAGUUCGACCUCUUCUACCAAGACCACCGUCUAUGAGAAACAGACUCCAACAUCCAGCAAGACGAGUCAAACAAGCAAGUCGAGCGACGGUAGAAGCCCAACGAGAAGCCCCGCUAGGAGCAGUGAGUCCAGACGCAGGGAACGCGCUGAGAAGCUUCUCCGUCGUGAACAGGAGCAGCGUGAGCUGGAAGAGCGCAGGAGGCGAGAAUACGAAGAGGCUCGUAAGAGUGAAGAUGAAGAAACGAGGGCACGUUACGGCGAGGGUGACGAGGAUGAUUACCCAUCCGAGCUUAACACCAUCGCCGAGGUGAGCGAGAUGGGCAUCGGCACCAAAGUUACAUUCCGCGCCAGAAUUCACACACAGCGCAACAUCUCGAAGCACCUCGACUUCAUCCUUUUCCGCGACCAGACCGAAACUAUCCAAGGUGUCCUGGCCAAUGUGAGCCCCAACAUGGUAAAAUGGGUACAGCGACUGCACCCCGAAUCCAUCGUCCAGGUGUCCGGUACGUUGAAGAAGCCGGUUGAAGACAUUAAGUCUGCCAACCACCAUGAUGUCGAGGUCGACAUCUACUCCAUUCACCUCAUCAACCCUGCUCAGGCACCUCCGUUCAGCAACUACUUGCCCCCCGACAGCAUGAAUUACAGGCUCAACAACCGCGUUCUUGAUCUGCGCCACCCCUCUAACCAGGCUCUCUUUCGCAUUCGUGCCAUGAUCACCCGCAAGUUCCGUGAAACCCUUGACAACAGUGGCUUCAUUGAAAUCCAGACCCCAAAGCUCCAACCCGCUGCGACGGAAAGUGGUGCUGAGGUCUUCAAGCUCAACUAUUUUGGUCGUCGUGCCUUCUUGGCGCAGAGCCCCCAAUUGGCCAAGCAGAUGGCGAUUUCUGCCGACUUUGGCAAAGUCUACGAGAUUGGCCCUGUCUUCCGUGCCGAAAACUCCAACACCCACCGGCACUUGACCGAGUACACCGGCCUCGACAUUGAAAUGAAGAUUCACAAGCACUACCAUGAGCUCAUCAAGGUCAUUGAUCAGGUACUCAAGAACAUCUUCACAGCUGUUCAUUCUAUGCCCGAGCUCAAGAUUGUCCGUGAGCGAUGGCCGAGUGAAGAUCUUGUUUGGCUGGACGAGACACCUAUCAUUCCCUUCCCAGAAGGUCUCCAAAUGCUGCGCGAUGAUGAUCGAGAUGUCGCGGACGAGGAUCUUUCGACUCCAGAUGAGAUUCGACUAGGAGAGUUGGUCAAGGAGAAGUAUGGAACCGACUACUACAUCCUCGACAAGUUCCCUGCCAAUGCCCGACCAUUCUACACCCACAAGGCCGAAGACCCAUUCUGGACGAACUCCUUCGAUAUCUUUGUCCGUGGACAGGAAAUCUGUACAGGCGGUCAACGCAUUAACGACCCCAAAGAGCUGAGAAAGAACAUGGCAGAAAAAGGCAUUUCAGAGGACGAAAUGUCUGAAUACCUUGAAGCAUUCGACCUCGGCGCUCCUCCUCAUGGUGGUGCCGGCUUGGGCCUGGACCGUGUCGUCUUCCUCCUUCUCAACUUGGGCGAUAUUCGAUACGGAUCGCUGUUUUACCGCGACCCGAAAUCUCUCCCCUCGCGGUCCUUCUCCUUGCCACACCCCAAUGCUGACACCACCAAGAUUUGGGCAGGCAGAGAGCUGCCUCCCCUUGAGGAACUCAUUGCCAACUACGGCGAUGCAUCCAACACAUCAUGGCUCGAUGAGCGUUUCGAAAUCUGGCGCCACAGCUGCGGUGCCGCAGUGGGUUACGUGAGACAGGGCAAAUUUGCCAUGAUCACUGGUGAUCCUCUCUGUGACCGAGGUCAAUACGAAGAAGUCAUUCCGGCCUUUGUAGAGUUUGUUACCAAGGAGCUCAAACUUACUCCCGUCUGGAUGCUCGUGUCCAGUAGAGUGCAGGAAAUCCUGGGCCGCCGCAUCGGUUGGCGCACCAUGUCCUGCACCGAAGAGCAGCGCACCGACGCCGACCAGCACACCGGUACAGACAACCGCGCCGCCCGCCGCGUGAAGCGCGAGGGCAUCAAGAUCCAUGAGCUGAAGCCUGAUGAUGACUUCAUCAAACGCGCCGACAAGUCUAUCGAGGCGUGGAAGGAGAAGCGUAAGGGCAAGAAGCAGGUCCAUCUCACCGAGAUUCGGCCUUGGGUCGAUCAGGCUCACCGUCGGUACUUCGCCGCAGAGAAGGAUGGCAAAGUGCUGUGCAUGGUCGUCCUCGCCCAGCUGGCGCCGCGGUACGGAUGGCAAGUGAAGUGGGCCCUCGAUUUCCCUGAUGCACCAAACGGCACGAUCGAGGUUCUCAUCGAGUAUGCACUCUCAUGCAUCUCGGGACCCGUGACCUUCGGCGCGGGCGUGAGCGAGAAGUUGAUCCCCGGCCAGCACCUACACGGCGUCCGGGCCAAAUUUUUGAGCAAGACCUACGCCACCAUCGUCAAGAGCAUGGGCUUGAUGAAGAAGUCCGAGUUCCGUGGCAAGUUUGGCGUCCUGGGCGAGCAGGUGUACAUAUGCUACCCCCGGCGCGGCGUCACAUUGUUUGACUUGAAGGAGAUUGUAAAGUUCUUCAUGGAUGACGACAACUAA